AUGAAGGAUUCGGAAAACUCACAAGUUCUCAUCUUUCCUGAUGUUAUUGUAUAUGGAGAUAUAUACUGUACAAACUCGAAGUUGACAUUUUCACGCGACUGUAUGAAUGUUGAAAGUUCAUCAGUAAAUGCAACUACAGAGACAUUUGGUUGUCAGUGGACAAUAGAAGACAUCAUCAGAAUUGAGUCUCAGUGGUGUUCAGAGGUUGAGACUGCCUUUGUCAACGUCCUUCUGAAGUCCAGGGAUCCUAAAGCAGUUGACGGUGCGAAAGAGAUUUCAGAAGUAGAAACCAUCAAAUUGCUGAACUCGAGAUACAAGGAUAUUUGGUUUGAUACCAUAACAGAAAGCGAGGAAAGUGCUUGCAGUGGACACAAUUUGGGAACUUCACUCACCAAUCUCGCUGAUUCAUUUGAAGACCUAGUUUACCCUCAAGGAGACCCGGAUGCUGUAGUCGUUAGGAAGCAAGACAUUGAGCUUCUGAAGCCAAGACGUACCUUAAGAGUCGAAUUCCACCAGAGGAGCGGGGCAGAUUCCACUUUUUCAAUUCUGGCAAACUUAGACAAAGGUUCACCUAGCACGUUUGGAGGAAGGGAAGCAUACCAACGCGUGCAGAAGUGGACUAAGAAUUUUUCACUGGAGUCUAAUUAUCAUCUGUCAUCCAGUUACCUACGUGAAGAGUGGCAAGCGAGGCAAGGAAAAACAACGAUUGAUUUCUCAAGAGCUUCAAAUCUGCAGCUCAUCUCGCUUGAGCUAACUAAGAAUUGGUUUCCUCCAAAGGAAGCUUCACUAAAGCGUGGAUACAUCUUAGAAUUGCUUUACAAUCUCCACAGAGGUCAUGAUCCAAGUAUUCUUCCAGCCAAUGCCAAAAGUAAACCACCUCAUUGCGAAGUUUCGAACAGGAAUGAUCAAGAAAAUGAAAGCGGGAAUGUGAAUGAGAUUUGUAGCUGGAGAAAACCAUCUGAUAGUUCUUCAUCAACCGCCCCACAAACGAAGGCUUGUCCCUCCGCAAGUGACAUGCAAGAUCUGAUACUUUGCGAAGAGAGUUUUAAUGCAGGAGGUUAUGAGCCUAAGUCUUCUAAGCGCCAAAAGGUCUUUAUGUCGCCUAUAGUGGAGGAAGUUCAAGAAAGUGGUGGUAAAGAAACCCCUUUGCCAAUGGACACAGAAGAAGAAACUUUUGGUCAAGAGAUCGAAACAUUACGGAAAGAGGAAUGCCUGCUUUAUAUUGAGGACAGUGAGGAUGACGAAACUGUUUCAGUAGAAUACGUCUCUGAUUCCCAAGAUUCAUGUGAAGUUGAGAUGAAAGAGGAAGAUGAUGAUGAAUUGCUUCUAGUUACUGGAGAAUCCAAAGAGAUUCCUAGAACCGUAGAAAUCAAGUCUGAUUCAGCAUCUAUUGAGGAAGGAGUGAACAAGAGUAGAGAUUCAGCUGCUGCUUCUUGCUACGAUCUUCUUGUGUUGUCUGAUGAUGAGGGAAGCUCAGCUUCAGGCGAUGAUCUUAGAGACAAAGGAAUUUUCUUGAUUAAAAGUUCUAAUGUGAAGGCUAAGAGGCCAAAGACUUGA